AUGAGAUUUUUGUUGGUUUUAUUUCUACUCUUAUGUGUCUCAUCAAAUUUAAUUCCACCUGAUGAAGAUCCAUUUUAUGAACCACCACCAAAUUAUGAAAACCAACCACUAGGUUCAAUAUUGAAGAAUCGAACAACUCCUGCAAAACUAUCAAAUUUAUUCUUUACAUUUGAAAUCAAAAAUUCAUGGCAAAUAAUGUAUAAAUCAACAAACACACAUGAUGAACCUCUGGUGGUGAUAAUGACAGUUAUAGAGCCAUUUAAUGCAUCAACUACAAAAGUAUUAUCAUAUCAAACUUUUCAAGAUUCACCAAGUCUCAAUUGUUGUCCAAGUUAUGGAUUUCAAAAUGGUGCACCCAUCACAACUUUAGCUUCUCAAUUAGAUAUGAGAUUCUUUAUACCAGCAUUAAAGAAAGGUUAUUAUGUGAUUAGUUCAGAUUACGAAGGAUUGAAUUCAAGUUUUGCAAUUGGUCGAACUUCAGGAUUUUCAGUUCUUGAUGGGAUUAGAGCAGCAACUAACUCUAGAGAUAUAACUGGAAUUGAUCCAAAAGCUAAAUUCAUUCUUACUGGAUAUUCAGGAGGUAGUAUUCCUUCAAGUUGGGCUAUAUCUUUACAAUCUAAAUAUGCACCAGAUUUGAAGAACUACAUAAUUGGUUGUGUUUUAGGUGGAUUCGUUACAAAUAUCACUGCAACCGCUGAAGCUACUGAUGGUGGGAUUUUUGCUGGGUUAAUUCCAUUAGCAUUGAAUGGAUUAUGUAAUGAAUAUUCGAGAUUCAGAGAAAUAAUGUACUCGAAAAUUGAACUAGCUACCAAACUUUUGAGAUUCAAAGAAGCUUCAUCGAAAUGUUUCAUAAAUGGAUUAAUGACUUAUCAAAAUGAAAAUUUUUUCAAUGGAGAAAAUAGAACAUUUGAAGAGGGUUUUGAUAUAUUACAAAUUCCCGAAGUUUCAGAAAUUAUAGAAUCAAACAAUUUGAUAAAUUUGAAUAAAUCGUAUUUACCACAAGUUCCCAUUUUCGUAUAUCACGGAACAUUAGAUUCAGUAGUACCUAUCAGCGGAGUAUACAAAAUUUACAAAAAAUGGUGUUCUUGGGGAAUUAAGUCUUUGGAAAUUUCAGAAAGUUUAUUAAAUGGUCAUAUAACAGAACAAAUAUUGGGUGCAGCAGCAGCUAUUACUUGGAUUGACCGCAUUUUCGCAGGUGGUGAACCGAUAAAAGGUUGCUCUCAUACAAAGAGGGUGAAUAAUUUGUUUUAUCCUAAUGUAUCUAGUGAAACUCGUAGUUAUUUUUUGGGCAUGGAUUAUACUGUUUUGGAUUUUUUGAUGGGUAAGGAGUAUAAGAAAUAG